AUGCAAGUCCAAGUAUUUUCUAUCACUUUUGUCUCUAAAAGUUUUUCAGCUGCUUUACACACUAUGUGACUGCUUAAACAAAGUUGUCUCUUUUCGCCCAGUUGAAGAACAAUUGACUAAAUUUUGUCCCUGCAUUUCAUUUUACUUAACACAACUGCUGAUUUUAAAUACAAGUUUAUGUGCGCAUUGACACGUACUGAUAUCAUUGCUUGCUAGCAAACAGAGCUAUGACGUCACGUGAAAAUGACCUGAAAUCGAACGUUUGUCAAAAACGGAAGAGGCUGCCGCAUUCUGUGGCCUACUACACGGGAGUUUUUACCAACUGAACAAAGAACCAACAACGUUCACGAAGAAGAAAUAACGCUUUUAUGAGAAAUAGCUAAAAUUUUCUUCAUGUGUGUUUUUGUUUUUUUGCCAUGUCUAAUCAUUGGCGGAUGAAUACAUCAGAGGAAAUAGAUUUAAUUGGAAUUGAAAUGGAUACUGAUGAGGCAGAGUCAUCAGGAGCUGGUGGCCCAAUUUCAUCAUUGAAUAGCUUAUUCUCAUUUACCAGUCCUGCUGUGAAGAAACUUCUCGGCUGGAAGCAAGGAGAUGAAGAAGAAAAGUGGGCAGAGAAAGCAGUUGAUUCUUUAGUGAAGAAACUAAAAAAAAAGAAAGGAGCCAUUGAGGAGCUUGAAAGAGCUCUAAGUUCACCAGGCCAAGCCAGUGACUGUGUUACUAUACCUCGUAGUUUAGAUGGAAGACUACAAGUAUCACAUAGGAAAGGCUUGCCGCAUGUUAUUUACUGUCGUGUGUGGAGGUGGCCAGACCUCCAAUCUCACCAUGAGCUAAAACCGAUGGAAAAUUGCAGAUUUCCUUUCUCAGCCAAACAGAAGGAAGUCUGCAUAAAUCCGUAUCAUUACAAGCGAGUUGAAAGCCCAGUGCUACCUCCAGUUCUGGUGCCUCGCCAUAGUGAGUAUGCACCUGGUCACUCACUCCUGCCAUUCCAGCAGCUGCCAGAACCAGCAAUGCCACACAAUGUGUCAUAUUCAGCUGGAGGUGGUUUCACAAAUGGUGGUGCUGGUGGUGGAGGAGGUGGUGGAGCUGGUGGUGGUCCAUCUUCACACCUUAGUCCUGGACCAACUUCUCCACUGAGCAGUGUGCCUAGUCCAGGCAGUACUAGUUCAAAUCCACAAAGUCCAUAUGGAAGCAAUGGAUUGCCUGAAACACCACCACCUGCAUAUAGCCCACCUGAAGAAACACAGCAGGGUACAGGCACUGCUCUCCCAGAUCCUUCUGCUAUGGAUACAUCAAGCAACUUAAAUAUGUCAGAAGUUGCACCAGUGGCUUACCAGGAGCCAACUUUCUGGGCAAGCAUUGCUUACUAUGAACUGAAUAGCAGAGUUGGAGAAAUCUUCCAUUGUCAGAGCAAUGUAAUCAUUGUGGAUGGUUUCACAAACCCCAGUAACAAUUCUGAUAGAUUCUGUCUGGGACAGCUGUCAAAUGUCAACCGUAAUUCUACUAUAGAAAAUACUCGAAGACAUAUAGGAAAAGGUGUUCAGUUAGUUUAUAUUGGAGGUGAAGUGUAUGCUCAAAAUAAAUCUGACAGUGCCAUUUUUGUACAGUCACGGAACUGUAAUCACCAUCAUGGAUUUCAUCCGAGUACAGUGUGCAAAAUACCACCCAGUUGUUCUCUUAAGAUAUUCAACAAUCAAGAAUUUGCACAGUUACUGUCACAGAGUGUGAAUCAUGGCUUUGAAGCAGUGUAUGAACUAACAAAAAUGUGUACUAUAAGGAUGUCAUUUGUAAAAGGAUGGGGUGCAGAGUAUCACCGUCAAGAUGUCACAAGCACACCAUGUUGGGUUGAAAUUCAUCUGAAUGGUCCUCUGCAUUGGUUAGAUAAAGUGCUUACACAAAUGGGUUCACCACUGAAUGCCAUUUCAUCAGUUUCUUGAGGAACAUGACAAGUUGUAUUUUAGUUUUUAAGACUUUGGGUUUGUAGAAUACGGACAUAAGAAGUGUUGAUGUGUACAGUCUUCAACAUGUCAUUAUAGUCAUUGUGUUGAAGAAAGUGUGUAAUGUUAGACGUGUCUGCGCAAAAGUUUUAGCUGUGAAUAUGGUAGAACUUCUCUGAUGUUUAACAACAUUGAGUAGUACAUACACAUUUUAGCAUAUAUUUCAGAAACAGCAUAAUGUUUAUCGUCAGCUUUUACUGUUCCUUUAUUGUUUUCAAAUGACUGAAAAUUUUUAUUUAAGUUUGUCAGAAUGCAGUUGUGUCUUAGAUAGUUGCUGCUAGAGCAGAACUUCCUCAUGACAAUUGAUGCUAAUGGUUUACAAGAUGACCAUUAGAUUGAAUGUGGCCCAUAGCUGUAAAAUAAAUUUUAAUGUUCCAUCCACCGUUAAAACAUAGUUGACAUCUGUUUAAGAGAUUUGGCAUGUCUGUCCAUAACUGAUACAUGUACAAACUGACUUAGUAUGGGAGGACUGACAGAUAUUUAAUGGUAUUUGUGAUAACAAAGUGACAAAUAGGUAGGGUGUGAAUCAGUUGUAGAUUUAUGUGUUUUGUUUUUAGUGAAGAUUGUUUGUGUCUGUUUGGUGCAAAUGAGUCUGUCCUUUAUCACCCAGCAUGCGCAAUGUAUGUUUUUCUCUGUUAAAAUAUAAAUAUUUUUAGUUUAUAAUUUUAGUAAACUCAGUUUAUUGAUCUCUGCAGAAGUGAUGCAAAAUGACAUAUUACAUUGAACUCUUUGACACUGUGAUGUGUUUCUCAUGUUUAGUGAGUGAAAUCAUUAUCAUCACUGUGAUCAUCAUAGUCAUCAUCAUUAUUACUACAUAGUUAUCGAAAUUCAUUGUGUAUUGAAACUGUAUACCUUGCACAUUUAUUCGCAUUUUAGAAUGUGUGAAAGUAAGAAUUUUCAUAUUUGUACAUAACUUUCAUAUGAUUCACAUGAUAAAACAUUUGAUUUAUGUUGUUCAGACUUACAAUAUGCCAGUUUAUGAUAUUGUUUGUUCUUGAAAUUGUUCCUAAGGUCACAAGAUAUAUUUCUGUUGCUUGUUUUAUGCUUGUGGACAGUGUGGCAAUGAGAUAAUUUGUGCUGAUGCUUUGGUAACUUACAUACCCGUAAGUAGAUUUUUAAAAUUUUGUCAUUUUGUAAAUAAUAUUCAUUCAAAUAUUGUAUGAUUAUUUUUGUUAAUUUUUUAAUGGAUGAUUAUGUUUACAAUAGUUCAGUAGUGAAUAUAUUUUGAACUUUGAAGUGAAUGGUACAGGUACAUGACCAAAAUUAUCUAUUACUAUACAAAAAGUGAAUGGACAAUCAGCAAAUUGUUUUGUUGUGCCUUGAAAUUGUAUUGUUGAGAUUGCAGUUAUACUGCCAAAAAUUUUAUGUGUAUUUUGUUUUAUGCAGUGAAUGAAAUUGGAUGUCAUCUAAUAUGAUGACGAGAGCAAUCUCGAAGGAAAACAAAAUGAAUACCUAUUAACAGUAACUGAAGUGUAUAGCCUUUCUCCAAUGAUAUCAUUUACAAUCUUCAACAACUGACAGUAUUAGAUAAUUUUGUGUCUACUAAUUGUUUGGUACCUGUUUGAUAUGAAAUAUAUAUGAAAUAUUUAUUGUUUAUAUUUUUGAAUCACUCUUUAUUGUUGCUUCAUUCAGUUGUAGCUAUAUACUACAUUACUGCAGUGUCAUUAAAUACGUAUGUUCAGAAGAUAAUACAAAGUUCAGCAUUUUGUGUACAGAUAGAACACGCCUGCCUUACAAUUACAAUAAUAUUGACAUUGUUUUCUGCAUUGAAGAUAACACAGAAGUGUAAAAUAGUACUGACACUGUGCCUGCUGUAUACACAUUUAAAUCAAGAAAGUUUGUAAAACUAUGGUGACUGAGUUGAGAGACGGUUGUUUGAUGUACUUUUAUGAAGAUGACAGAGUUUAAUUCUAUCACAGGUCAUACAAGCUGUCCAUUGAAGUUAAUUUCUUUGUGUUCUUUUUGAAAAUUAUUACCACAAUAUGUUUAAAAAUAUUAUUCAAUAUUACUGCUUGUUUCUGUUCUGGCAUUACAAAUAGAUUACAAAGUUCUGGUUUUAUGUUAUUGGCACAGCAGAAUUAAACAAUAACUGUUUACUGUUAAACAGUGUUACUGAAUUGAACUGCUCAGGAAUUCCUAUUUAACAAUGUUGUGGCUGUCACUUGACCAAAACAAAUACAGAUCUUCAUUGAGAGAAUGUUAUGCGUGUGAGUUAUGAACUGAUAUGAGUCAGUGUUUGAUUAACUGUGAAAUAAUUAUUUUAACAGCUGUAUUUGGAUAUAAUUUUUUGUGAUGAUGCCUGCACAUUAAAAGUAAUGUAUCUGUGAUCAGGACUGUCCAAUAAUUAAAACUUCUGUGCUGCUUUCAGGAAUAUAUUAUGGGUAGUUUGUGUAAAAAUAGCUCUACGACAGAUAUAGUGUUAUAUAUUUUGCGAUAUUUACAGUGUGUGUUCUAAAUCUUGAAUCAAGAUUGUUCAUUUUAGAGUACACAUUCCUUUCUCAGAUCUGUCUCACACAUAAUCAUUUUGGGAUUUGCUAAUGUGUACUUGGUACCUGAUUGUAAUGCAUUAAGUGUGAUCCAUUAUGCUUAUUAUUUGAUAAAUGUCCUCCAAUAAGACCAAUGCAGCAUUGGGAAACUUGUUUAAUUCACCAUAAAGAAUAAUAGAUGUAAGUUUGCAUGUUUUGUCCACUGUUAAAAUGAUACUCCACAUUUUGCCUACGUAUGCUAGCAGUCAAAUUUCGUGCAUUUCAGCUUGCAGUUAGCAAAGGCUGUCGAAUCAAAUGUUUCUAUAUAUGUAAUACAGCUAGGAUACAAAUCUCUCUUUCAUAAGAUAAAAGUGCUGUUUUGGAACACUAGGAAGUCAAAUGCUAAUCAUUUUAUUGUGUGCUAAUACUGUAAACAUACGUGAAACAAUGGUUUUCAUGUAACUGGAUCUGAUAUUAGGAGUGUCGUACUCAUAUUGGCAAUUUCCAUUAUUAUCCAAGCAUUAACAUUAAAAAAAAAAGUGUUCCCAUAUUUGUGGAAUGUACUAGCUCUUGGUAUGAAAAAAUUGCUAUAAUGUCAACACACAAGUAUCAAUGACUUUGGAAUAGUGCGAGCUCGUUGAUUUGUGCUUGCUUUGGGGGCUCAGAAAACUUAUGAGCUAUGUACAAGAAGUGCCUUGUCCUCAUUGGCAUGAGGGAUUUUGUGAUUUGUACUCAUCAUGUACACAAAUGGGAACUGCUAGACAAAGGGCAAAUAAGUUUAUUAGUAACAUCUACUUGUAAAAAUUUUCUUUGGCCUUAAUCAUAAAUUGAUUACUGAUGCAGUCAAAUAUUUGGAUUAUCCUCACCACCCUCCUUUUUGUCUCCCCCUUUUUUUAAACAGGGUUACUGCUGAAGAAAUUAAUUUUAAAAGUUAUCUUUACUAUCUUCUCCCUGUCAAAAUAGUGUUUAUAUUUCUUUGCACAAGAAACCAACAUCACCAAAUAAUGCUCUUGGCUCCAAGUGUUUAGAAACCACACUGUAAAUUUAUAAGCAGACUUAAUAUUCUUGUAAUAAACUCACAAAGAUAUAAUCCUGAUUUUUGUACAAAUGCAAGUGCCUGAAAUGAAAUUGCAUAAUAAUUUCAGUGUUCAAACUGCAAUUUUUUUAUACAGUGAAAAAGAAUGUGACACAUAUUUUGGGAUGCUUUUCAAGUGCUUUACUACACUUUUCUGGAUGUAUGCUUAUACGUAAAACUCUUAGCAUAAUAAAAUGUUAUGCUUACAUGUAUACCAAGAGAAGCAAAUAAUUGGAUAUUGUUUAGUUGGUGCCUUUUGUUGAAAUAAUUUAUACUGUCUGAAUGGUCUUAGAUAAUAACAUUUAUGAGAUUUUAUGUGAUGAAAAAUGUGGUAAUUGAAUGGAUAACAUAUGGAAUGGAUUUCAUGUUUUAGCUGUCACUCAGUUUUGAAAUAAGGAAACAAAUUUAUUUAAAAUUCGCAGGCAACAUUCCACUUCUGGUGUGUGUUAUCUCAUUUAGAUUAAUAUAAAUAAAGUGUGAAUGAUUAUA